UGUGAUUUUUAUGUAAAUCUGUUUUAAAAGAAAUGUUUCUUGCCAUUAUGUUUGUAGAGAAAAGCUGGGAGGGAGGUGUAAAGGAGGAGGAAAGAAGCCCAAAAACUGAAACAAAUGAAAGGCAGCUGAAAAGACUUGAUUUGGGGGGUCUGAUUCAUGAAUUUGAACUUUUGAAUUCAGCAGCAUUGGUAUCAGGAAAAAUCAUACAUACAGUUAAAUUGAGUUAACUAUUCUUGUCAUCCAAGUUUUACAAAACACACCAACUAGAAGGCAUGCUUUUGCCCUCCCUGCCCACAACUAGGUGUUGCAGUGUUGAUCAAAUUGCAUUUUUAUAUUAAACAUGCAUAAAUGUAUAUUUUUAUAGAGAAAAAGCUUGCCUAACUGUUUAAAUAAGCCCAUUUCACUUGAAAAUAGACCCAUUUUUGCUUUUAAUCUUAAUUUUUACUGGGAAAAGUCUCUUUUUAGCUCCAUAAAUUUGUAUGCCAUGUGAAAAUCAGAUGGGUAUUCAAGUUUGCAUUCUAUGUUACCUUAAUUUUGAACGGUUUUGCAAGAAGUUUCUUCAUCUGGAUGAGUGGGGGGUAUUGAGGCACAUUAGAAUUCUAUUACAAGUUGCAUAAGAGCAAAGCAUGACCAAACAUCUACUCUCUGUGAAUAAAAUGCUUCUCAGUAGCUGGUUUUAUCCUUAUGGGUUGUCUCUCACAGGCCCGGGAAAUGUUAUGUUUGGAAGUUCAGAUGACCAAAGGGGAAAAUGAGGAGUGUUUAAAAAGGGUUUUAAACCGGGGGUAUGUGUACACCUGGGGUACUUCUGAUGGCCUCAGGGGGUACUUGGCAGUGGCUGCUGCCAGUGUAUGCUGCUGGCACUUCCACCGUCGCUGUGCUGCCAGUCGUGCCCCCCACCCCAAGUUGCCGAUCGGCCGCUGGGGGACUCCUCCCCCACCUGCUCGUCUGGCCACCGGGGGACUCCUGCCAUUUUGACCAGCUGCCAGGGGUACAAUGACCCCAAAAGGUUGAAACCCCCUGCCUUACACCUAUGUAUUAAUAAACUAACAGGGGGUGAAAGUGUUAUGCUUAUGGUGAAGGAAUCCUAUGAAGAAAUGCAAAGAAUCACUGAGGACUCAGACAUCCUGUGCUUGCACUGCAUAAAGGGUUGGGAGCCAACAUUAAAAGCCACACUAGAGAGUGGUGCAGCUGAAAAAAAAAUGCAAAGAGAUGCUUCCAGUGGCUCCCUGGAAGUACCACUUAAUUCACUUUCCAUUGGACAUAAAAUGAAAGUAGGACUGCCUUUGGAAAAGCCUGCACAUUUGGAGUUACAGCUGAAGGCCAAUGAGCGCCUGGAAGGUCUAGAUGUGCGCCUGGGGUUUGAUCUGUGUGUGGAGGAGCAGGAUUUCCUGAGGAAAAGGAAGAAAGUGGUUGCUGAAGCACUGAAAAAGUUUCUUUAUCUGGAACAGGAUCUGCAAGAACAUGAGCUAAAUAACAGCACACUCUCCAAUCAGCGCCAGGCUGUGAAUCAGGGGCAAAACCCCUUGCCUUUCUAUCUGGCCCUCAGUGUCAAAAAGGACAUGCAGAGCAGUUUUGCAUUUAAAGAAUGGUGUGAAUUUUCUCCUUUUGAGGUGGGAUUUCUGAAAUAUGGAGCCUUCAUUCGCUCAGAAGAUUUUGGUAGUCAUUUCUUCAUGGGACGCCUGAUGAACAGGAUUCCAGAAUCAAGGAUCUGUUACUUGGAAGCAGUGUGGAGUAACAUCUUUUCUGUGAAUCUGCUGGAUGUCUGGAAUGUUGUCACCAGCUUGUACCCAGAAUGGAAGCAAGAGGAUGAGAAAAACAAAAGUCUGUCUACACAGCCUUUCUCGGCUCAGAAGACUUUUUGUUUCAGCCCACCUGAUGAGGUCUCACACAUUGUCAAUGAGAUUUUGACCAGUCGCCCAGCAGAUGAACGGACCCCUAACUUCUUGAAAGGUCUUCAGUUCCACAAAGACUAUGACCAGCAUGAGGAAUUUUCUACAUGGAAUGAUGUUCAAGCAGAUGUGCCUCCGAAUCAUCUUACACCUCUGGAAGAGGAAUUAUGUCUGGUUGAUGCCACCGAUUUCAUUAAUACCAGUUGCCCACCAUUGCUGAGGAAGGAAAGAAGAGUAGAUGUUAUCCUGUACUUCGGUUACAGCCUACUGAAGACAUGUUUUGAUUCCAUAGAAGAGACAGGGCAGUACUGUGUGGAACAAGGACUACCCUUCCCGAAAAUAAUACUGACUGAAGAAGACAAGAAGAAUCCAAAGGAGUGCUAUGUGUUUGUGGAUGAUGAGAAUCCAGAGGUUCCCAUUGUGCUUUUCUUCCCGUUGGCGAACAACACUUUUAAAGAGUACAAGGCACCUGGAGUGAAACGCAGCCCGGCAGAGAUGGAAAAAGGUGAUAUAGAUUUUGUCAGGUCCACGUCCCCUUAUAAACUGGAAAAUCUGACCUAUAGCAAGGAGGACUUUGACAAACUGCUAAUGGUCACUGAGUACAAUGUCCAAAAUAACAAGGACUUGAUGCUGCAAGCUUUCCACAAAGCUGUAGAAAGGAGAAAACAUCAACAGAGUUAAUUCACCUUGGUGGAAUUUCUGGAUUAAUAUCAAUUUUCACUCUGGCCUCUGUGUAAAUCUUGGUAAUGCUUAAAGAUAUUGCUUCUGCAGUAAUUUUCUGCAGAUUUUGCUUCCAGUAAUGAACCAGUAGGCUGAGGACGUACACUAAUAUAUGCAUAGCAGAAGUAGGUAGGCCACAGGCCUAAAUACAGCUUAAGUAGGUGACAGCAAGUGUCCGUAAAUCAGAUAAUUUAUCCGUAAGUGAUUAACAAAUACCUGUCAGAUGACUUGUAUAAAGUAAAAAACCAUAAACAUGGGUCAUGAAUAUUCUAAGGCAGGGCUGUCCAAAUGAUGGUUCAUGAGUUCAUGGCCUGUGGGCUCCUGUCACUUUUUCUUCCCCCCAGCAAUUGCCAUCUCCCUAAAUCACCUGCUCCUGCUGCUGCUGUUGUCGCCACCUUCCUUCUGGGCUGCCACUUCCUGCUGUUGCCUCUGUGGGUGGUGCAGCUUGUAGCCACUUAGAAGUUGGAUGGCCCCAUCGUGUAGUUUCAGACAAUACAUAUAUAGUUGCAAUGCAUAAUGCAAUUGUAAUUGAAUGCCUUAAAUGCUAAUGUUUAACUAAGAUGGAUCACUAACCUGCCAGAAUUGGAGACCCCAAAAGAAAUAGACACUGAAAUCUAAGGCAACAGGGAAAUUUUCCCAGUAUAAUUAUUCAUAAGCCAAAUAGAUGUUAUGAUAAUUUAGUGUCAGUAAUGCUCCAUGAAAUAGUGCCAUGGGGAGAGAAGUAAAACAGUACCAUGGCCUUCUCUUAGUCUGUGAAACACCAACCUCUUCCAGGCAUCCCUCAUAGGAUUCUAUAUGUAAUGGGAAUGCUAGUUGGUUCUGUUCUGCUUCUCUGUCCCUUGCAUAAUUACAGUUGUCAUGCUACAUUUGGCCUUAUUAAUAAAUGUGUGAUCUCACUUGUGCAACUCAAUAUGCCCUACCUACUGACAACAUACUUACUGAAGCAGCUAAUCUGGAGUGCUGAUCACUACAUGCUAAACUCUAGUUAAUGGAAACCUAAUUGGUACAAGUAAUUCAAACCAGGGUUUAGGUUACAAAGUACAAGGGCCUACAUUUUCUGCCAGCACCCAGAUGACAGGGGCCACUGUGAUUUGUCCAGCUUUGAACAAUCUAAUAGAAUAUUUUUGGUUGCUGUUUAUAUUACAAACGUUGCUUUCCUAUUUAAUAUAUUCUAAUUUUAAAAUUUAUUUUAUUAAAAGAGGAUCAUUUUACAGAAUUGUAGAGUGGGCAGGACUGUGACCUCUGAUUGAUUGGUUCCUGGUUCUUUUGAAAGGCAGUGUUGUCUAGAGCAGUGUUUCUCAAGCCAUGGGUCAUGACCCAAAAAUGGGUCGCAAGAAUAUUUGAAAGGAACAUGAACCACAGAAAAAAUGUGGGAAAGCACAGGUUUCCCCUUGCAGCCUGGCA